AUGGAGCCGAUGAGAGACGGCGUCAGUGUUGAGGGGACUGGGAGGGGAAAGGGAAGAUGUCGGGGUUUAGUUGGCGACAGUCGCCAAAAUAACAGCGAUCCCACCUACAAAUGCGGCACUGAGGAAUGUAAGAUUGAAUGUCCUGACUUUACCAAAUGUCCGUGUAAAUGUUGUAAAAAGAAAUGUGAAGCGGCGGGUGACACCUGCAAAGCCCCCGGUCCACAGCUUUCCCUUUCUUCCUCCGGUCCUCAGUCUGAGUCCGUCAGUCAAGCGCUGUCGUCCGGUCCUCCCGCUGAAGAAAGUUCCUCUGGCGUCUCUGAUACAGAAAAUCCCCCCGGUGCUUCCUUUUCCCCUAACCCCCAAGCCAUCGCCGCCGUCAUCGUUGCCAUGAUCGUCGGCAUCAUCCUGCUCGACCUGUGCAUCUUCCGCUUCCCGGUGGGCCGCAACAUCCGCGAUUUCCUCGUCCGCAAGAUACCCUUCUGCAUCGCGUUCUACAGCUAA